AUGGCUUCACCGUUCGACUUUAUCGUCGUAGGAGGCGGCCCAGCCGGCAGCGCCCUAGCAGCCAACCUUUCCCGCACCGCCAAGAAACCCUCCGUUCUUCUCCUCGAAGCCGGCGGCACAAACCAAGACCGCAACCUGCGCGUCGACGGGCAGCGCUGGACCACUUUUCUUAACCAGGACAUGAACUGGGGCUACAAAACAGCACCCCAAGAAUUCGCCAACAACCGCGAGCUGGAUUACUCUCGCGGUAAGGGACUCGGUGGUUCGAGUGCUAUCAACUUUGGUGUUUACAGUAUCGGUGCGAGAGAUGAUUAUGAAGAGUGGGCGCGCAUCGUAGACGAUGAUGCGUAUCGCUGGGAUAAGAUCCAUGGUCGGUAUAAGAGUCUAGAGACGUUUCAUGGAGAGCUUCCUGAGGGUGUUGAUAAGAAGUAUGCUGCGCCCAAGGCGGAAGACCACGGUUCCGAAGGGAAGCUUCAUGUUGGGUAUGCUGGCGAGUGGGAGAAGGAUCUCCCUCCUGUGCUGGACCUUUUUGAGAAGGCUGGUUUUCCGUUGAAUCCUGAUCAUAAUUCUGGAAAUCCGUUGGGAAUGUCGGUUCUGAUCAACUCGAGUGCUAAGGGACGGAGAUCAACUGCGAACGAUCUCUUGGAACCUAAGCCUGAGAAUCUUACUGUUUUGACGGAUUCAACUGUCCAGAAGGUUCUCUUGGAGGGCAACAAGGCUAUUGGCGUUGAAGUCAAUGGCAAGAAAUACCUCGCCUCCAAAGAAGUCAUCCUCUCUGCCGGAGCCCUCAACACCCCCAAGAUCCUAAUGCACUCUGGCAUCGGUCCCAAAUCCCAACUCGAAAAAUUCAACAUCCCCAUUGUGAAAGACGUCCCCCGCGUAGGCCAAGGUCUGCGCGACCACAUGUUCACUCCCCUAGUCUACACCCGCAAACCAGGCGACACCGCGCGCGACACGUUCUACGGCGACAAGAAAGCCAUGGACGACGCCCUCCAGCAAUGGCGUCGCGACGGUACUGGCCCCUGGACCAAGUUUGCCUGCGAGUUGGGCAUUGGCUGGUUCAAGCUUGAUAAGCUCGUCAAGUCAGACGAGUUCAAGGCCUUGCCGGCGGAGGAGCAGGAGUUUCUUAAGAAGGAGACUGUGCCGCAUUAUGAGAUUCUUACGCACUUUCCUAUCCAUUGGUUCAUCCCCGAGUUUCCUGACUCUGCGCUCAAUUACUCUUGUAUUCUGGUGUUUUACUACAAUGCGCAGAGUCAAGGAGAAGUUACGCUUCAGUCAUCUGAUCCCAACGCUCCUCUCAAGUUCGACCCCAAGUUCUUGGGUUCGCCGUUUGAUCGUCGUGUAGCUAUUGAGUCACUCCGCGAUGCUUUCAGGCUCGUGAAGCAUGAUGGCUAUGCUAAAGAUAACGUGGCUAUGCUUGCAGGACCACAGGGCGAUUCGGAUGAUGAGCUUUUGGAGCACUGGAAGAAUACUAUUUCUUCGAGUUGGCAUAUGACCGGCACUACAAAGAUGGGAAAGAAGGGAGAUCCCGAUGCUGUUGUUGAUAGUGAUUUCAAGGUUGUUGGCUUUGAGGGUCUUCGUAUCGCGGAUAUGGGUGUCGUUCCUGUUCUGGCGAGCUGUCAUAUUCAGUCUGUUGCUUACGUGACUGGUAUCACAGCUGCUGAGAAGCUCAUUGCUGAGUAUAAUCUCGUAUAG